UUGCGCAAUAUUGGGGCUGUAAGUUUAAUUUUCUUCCCUUUUCCAGUGAAAUUCUCCCUUUUUUCGGUUCCUUUUGUGAUCACCAAUGUACCACAAGCACUGAUAUCUUUUGUGUGCUCCAACUCCGUGUAUGGCACUACUUUGAAUCCCAAUGAUGUGACCAGAUCCCCAGGAGGCUCUUCUGGUGGAGAAGGAGCGCUUUUUAUGGCUGGAGGCUCUGCUUUUGGCAUUGGAAGUGACCUUGCUGGAAGUUUGCGUAUUCCUGCUGCGUUUUGCGGAUUUGUUACCUUAAAGCCUACUGAAGGACGCUUUGUCGUAGAGAACACUAAUCCCGGAGUGCCAGGACGUUCGCGUCUAGCCUUAAGUUUCGGAUUCUACACUCAUACGGUUGAGAACCAAGUGGCGCUGCUCAAAACUAUCAUUGGCGACCCUUCCUAC